AGCCCCCCGUGACCGUUCCAUCUCCACGCUCCUCCUCUUCGUCCUCGGCGCCUCGGCCUACUCCGGAAUCCGGAUUGCAGCUCCAUUCUACUGGAUCACAAACAUCCAAGAUGGCAACUACUUUCACAGCACCAAUUCUCUGCAACUUCAAGACCAACACACGUCUGCAGCUGCCUACCCUGAACCAGAGCACGAGACAGCCACUGCAUCUGCGACUGAGCCUGGCGAGGAUCACGCCUACAUUCCCAGGCUCCGGGGCUUCGUCGAGGGACUUCCGCGCCAUGGCCGUGUACAAGGUGAAGCUGAUCGGUCCGGACGGGAAGGAGAGCGUGAUCAACGUGUCAGAGGACAACUACAUCCUGGACGCGGCCGAGGAGGCCGGCCUGGACCUGCCCUACUCGUGCCGCGCCGGCGCAUGCUCCACCUGCGCCGGCAAGGUGCUGGAGGGCGGCGUGGACCAGUCGGACCAGUCGUUCCUCGACGAGGAGCAGGUCGGCUCCGGCUACGCGCUCACCUGCGUCGCCUACCCGACCUCCGACUGCGUCAUCCAGACGCACAAGGAGUCCGACCUGUACUAGCUAGCUAGCCAAUGAUAUUUUCAUCCAAUCUUGACGCUCUGAUAUGAUCUGCAAAUGUAGCUGUCGCUGAAUCUUAGCUCGAUUUUGUUCCCAGUUUUAUCGCUGUCUACUUUUAACCUGACCAAGUGCGCACGCUCUUGUCUCU